UGCUAGAGCUCUGGAUUUUCUGAACUGAGUAGGGAAACCAGAUAAGAUUCCCUUCAGUUCUAUGAUUGCAUGAAAACAGCUGUUCUGGUUUUAUACUUGCUUUGGGGAAGAUUUUGAUGACAUUUUCAAAAAUAGAUGGCAUGAGUUAAAGGACUUAAUAUUUUGCCCACAUCUCCAUCUUGAGGAGCUAAAUCUUUGGAGUAUAUGAAGAAGAAAGGCUGCAUCACAUCUUUAGUGAGACACACAUUGGCAUGGAAACGUCAUGCGGAAAAAUCAUAUUGAAACAGAAAACGAAGCAGCAAGGAGGUGGCCCAAACGCUGGGGUUUUCUCUUAACACCUGUUGAGGAGUUGUUAAAAGACGAAAAGAAAGAACCUGCUAAGCCCAAGAUCCCGCUUCCAGAACACUUGCAAAUCCGUCCUGUGACGCCAGUGGAAAAAUAUAUUAAGAUCCAUCCAUCCCCACCUGUCCCUCAAACAACCCAAGGAUUUAUCGGCUGGAGAUCCACAGUACCUGGUCUGGAACUUGAACGUUAUUAUCAGAUCCGAAGCUGCAAAGGUGCCUUUUACAAAGAUGUGCAAUGGCCUAACGAACCCACCGAUUGAUGACUUUUAGGGCAGAAAGCCCAGCAUGAUCUUGCUUUCUUUUUUAUUAUUAUUAUUAUUAUCUUUAACUUAAAUGCCUUUCCAGCAGGACCUAACCAAUAGAGAAACAUUUGUAUAAAAAGGGUGUGCCUAUUUCAGCAGUGCUGUUCAUUCUGAUUAAUUAUGAAUUUAAGCAUGGCUUAGUAUUGUGUUAUUAAAACCAGCAACAAGCAAGCGA